GUUCGCUAAAUCGCUAGUAUAGCCAACCGUUGCUCAUCUCGUUUCGCAUUGUACUUUUCACUAUCCGCGAGUGUGGUGCUUGUAGGAAGUGCGCUUCUUGGUAGCUGUUCACUGGCAUAAUUCGAGGGAGAAAAGUUUUGUCCUAGUUUGGUGUGAAAAUUUUUAUUUUUUGAAACGCUCUCCGACUAACCAACAAAAGGAACAAAAAAAUGUCUGACGAAGAAGCUCAAGUCGCAUCCGAGGAGUCCGGUGCCGAGGAAACUCCGAAGAAGGGACGUGGACGCCCGAAGAAGGAAGGCAGCGCUUCGGCAGAGGCGGACAGUUCCGAGUCUGGUCGAGGAAAAGAGUCUCCCGAGCCAUUGCCCGCAGAGGAGAACAUCCUCGCUCCUCCUCCUCAGCCUGUGGAAUUCUAUCCGUCAGAGUGCCAGUUCAAAACUCCGUUUCCUCCGAGUUUUUUGGAUCCUUCGGAAUCAUCAGUACUACUACCCACCACAACUGAAGAACCACAACAGCAGCAGCAGCAGCAGCAGCACUUAACCAUAGAAGAGUGUGAGUUUCAACCAGCACAAAACUUCGAGUUUGCGGCAUCCGAUUUCGAUUUUCUGCUCACCAGGGGUGGUGGUGGUGGAAACCGUCUAGAGGAAGUGCCGCGGGAUUCUCUGUUGCUGAAAUUCGAUCCAUUGCUGAAAGUGCCGGUAACUCUCCUCAGCACCACCAAAGAGGAAGAAUCCGAAAGCGUAGGAGGAGGAGUGCUUGAAAUCACUCAACUUGUGGAAACAGCCGCAGCGGCAGAGGAAGCAGAAGGCAGUUACGGUGGCAGUACUGUUUCGCUGACGGCAUUCGAAGCUAGCGGGUUCGCUGCCGUCUCCCCAUCGUCCAGCAGCAUGAACAUCGACGAGGUAAAUAAUUCGCAAUUUGCACACUGCGCAGAAGGAGAAGCAGACGAAAAAAUGAGCGUUGACAAUACCGUGAUAUUGGAAGGCGAAAGCAGUACAGAACGAAACAUGAGCCUGUCGGACCAGGACUUCAACAGCAGCAACGAGCUGGAUAAAAAAAGUAAAAAUGAAUCAUUGAAAAUCGAAGAGCUGGAAAGGAAACUCCGCGAUGCGGAAAGUCGCGAGGAAGCUUUGGUGAAAAGAAUUACCGACAAGGAUAAAACAAUUGCCAAAAUGAGUGGUGUCGUGGAGGCCUACGAGCGGGCUAUCGCGGAAUUGAUUGCCGAAAAGGAGCAGACGACGCAAAACUACGAGAAAACAUGCGAAGCGCUGAAGACGGACGGUGACAUCAACGCGCAGCAUCUGGAAUCGCUGGAGAAGACAUUUUCCGAUCUACAUGCCAAAUACGAACGGAUGAAAAUAAUCACGUCCGAGUACAAGGAACGGGAGGAGGAGCUGAUUAAUGAGCGCAAUCGGUUCGAGGAAAGUUUGCGGAUGCAGGAAAAGCGCUACGAAAACAUGAAGAGCCAUGCAAUGGCACAGCUGGAAAUUGCCAACAGUAAACUGUCCGAGCUGGUCCGGAAUCAUGCCCAGGAGGUCACCAAACUGAAGGCACUGCUGAAGAAGGAGGAAAUCUACCGUGCAUCGGUUAACGAUCAGCUCAGCCAGAAGGCACGCGAGAACGAAGAGCUGGUGAAGAUCUGUGAAGAGUUAAUCAAUGGCGGUGCUAACUGAAUAGUUUUUUACGAUACAAUACAGUUUGAUGAACCAUACAAUGUAAGAUAGUAUUGAAACCGAAAAAUAAUACACGUGUUAAUCCUUCAACUAAAAUAA